UUUUCCCCCCAGGUGGGUUUGUGUGUGGUGUUAUUGGGGAGGAAGACUCUAGAGGCUAAGGUUUAAGGUUUACUACUUGCGGCAAGGAUCUUUGUAGUGCAAUUAAAUAAUGGACACAGAAAACGAGCAGCAAGAAGAGGAGACUUUCAACAGCCCAGACAGCAAUGGCAAGCGCCCCGCAGAGGACGCUGAUGAUGAACCUACGUACAAGCGUUCAAGGAAAUCAGAUGACAUGGUGGAACUGCGCGUGUUGUUACAGAGCAAAAAUGCUGGAGCUGUGAUUGGAAAAGGGGGCAAGAAUAUUAAAGCUCUGCGCAGUGAUUACAAUGCCACUGUGUCAGUCCCAGACAGCAGUGGGCCCGAGCGGAUCCUGAGCAUCAAUGCGGAUAUCCCUACUGUAGCUGAAAUCCUGCUAAAGAUCAUCCCUACACUAGAGGAGUAUCAGCAUCAUAAAGGGGUGGACUUUGAUUGCGAGUUGCGGCUGCUGAUCCAUCAGAGUUUAGCGGGCAGCAUCAUUGGGGUAAAGGGAGCCAAAAUUAAAGAGCUCCGUGAGAGCACCCAAACUACCAUCAAGCUGUUCCAGGAGUGCUGCCCUCAGUCCACAGACCGCGUGGUGCUUGUUGGUGGUAAAGCAGACAGGGUUGUGGAGUGUAUUAAGACCAUGCUGGAGCUGAUUGCUGAGGCACCCAUUAAAGGCCGGGCACAGCCAUACGAUCCAAACUUUUAUGAUGAAACUUAUGACUACGGUGGCUACACCGUGAUGUAUGAAGAACGCGGACGCCGGCCCAUGGGAGGGUUUCCCUCUCGGGACCGUGGCUUUGAUCGGAUGCCACCUCGCUCUGGCCCCCGGUCUCACCACAUGCCCCCAAGAGGGCGCGACUAUGAUGACAUGAGUCCACGUCGAGGCCCUCCUCCGCCUCAUAGAGGUGGCAGAGGAGGGGCCCGACCCCCACGCAACAUGCCAAUGGGUCCCCCCCAUCACCGCCGAGGGGAUGACCAGUACUACAGCUCCCACCGCAGUCACUCGGACGACAGACGGCAUGGAGACCGGAGAGGAAGACCUGGGGAUCGCUAUGGCGGCAAUAUGAAUGAUGGCGGAUAUGACAACUCAUCCUGGGAUAACUAUCAUUCUGGUGGAAGGGGGAGCUACAAUGACAUGGGAGGUCCUGUCAUCACCACGCAAGUGACCAUUCCUAAAGAUUUGGCUGGAUCCAUUAUUGGAAAGGGAGGCCAAAGGAUUAAGCAGAUCCGCCGUGAAUCUGGAGCAUCCAUCAAAAUCGAUGACCCAUUGCAGGGUUCUGAAGAUCGCAUCAUCACCAUCGCUGGUACGCAGGACCAGAUUCAGAAUGCACAGUACCUGCUACAGAACAGCGCUCUUCACAUCCUGGGACGCCAUGACUAACCCAACUAGGCUUUCCCCUCUCUCAGGACCCCCAGCGCCACUCUCCGUGUGAAACCCCUCAUCCCACCGUCACCAUUAUUCUGCAGCAGCUUAAAUUCUUUGCCAGGGAAGGUUCUGAACAAGCUUUCAGCUUCUGGAAUGUCCUCCUGUUAUCCAUGAUUGAGUUAAUGUUUCAUAUUUUAAAGCUUUGGGUUUUAUUUCGUUAUAAGCACAAUGCUUGCAAAUGCUUUACAGGAAUUCUAGUCAUUAUGCUGUUGCAGUUUGUGUUGCUUCUCUUCAACCAGCUAUCCCAAAUCAACCCAGAAUGUACACUUUUUUUUCCCCUUUUUUUUUCUUUUUUUUUUUAAA